AUGUCUACAGCCCAGAUGCCUAAGAUUAGAAAGAAGUUGGUGAUUGUCGGAGAUGGUGCUUGCGGUAAGACAUGUCUUUUGAUUGUUUUUUCUAAAGGAGCCUUUCCAGAACUCUAUGUGCCAACAGUGUUUGAAAACUAUGUGGCAGAUGUUGAAGUAGAUGGAAGAAGAAUAGAAUUGGCCCUUUGGGAUACUGCAGGCCAGGAAGAUUACGAUAGAUUGAGACCUCUUUCGUACCCAGAUUCGAACGUGAUUUUAAUCUGUUUCGCCGUGAGUGCUCCAGAUACUUUGGAGAAUGUUGAAGAGAAGUGGAUCUCAGAAGUGCUACAUUUCUGUCAAGGUGUUCCUAUAAUUCUUGUUGGAUGUAAGAUCGAUCUCAGAAAUGAUCCUCGUACCAUCGAACAGUUGUCUCAGGUUGGUCAAAGACCUGUCUCUACUGCUGAGGGACAGGAUAUUGCUGAGAAAAUUAAAGCUCUUACUUAUAUGGAAUGUUCUGCCAAGUUGAACCAGGGUGUUAGAGAGGUCUUUGAGACCGCUACCAGAGCUGCUUUACAAACCAAGGAGAAGAAGGAGAAGAAGAAGAAGUGUGUUGUUCUAUGA